UGGGCUUAUUUUCUAGCAGCAAUCUCGGUCAAGCGAAGUACAAAAUAAAUACAUACAUAUAUACAUAUACUUCUACUAUAGACAGACUGUCAUUGCUACUAUAGGGUAUCUUGUUACAUCGUACACUUAUAUAUACUUUUAAAAAUAUUUAAUUCAAUACGUUCAUUAAAGUCGAACAUAAACAACCAAAUUACAGACCGAUGACUCAGACAUCCUUUAACAGUAUAUUCAAAUAAUAAAUUCUUAUACAUCUUCAAUGUGAGCAAAAUUACUGAUACGCACAUUCAGGACGCUAUAAGUUUUAAAUCAAAGAAUCCAUUAUGAAUCUGUGUUCAAGUGCACCAUUGAAUAAUUUAAAUUCUUCAAAAGCCAUUAGUACGGUAGUUAAUUCAAAUAAUAAAAAUGAAAAUGUGUUCGACAAUGCAGAACAAUCGGUUAAUUUACAAAAUGGUGAUACAAAAAAAUUACCAGAUAAAUUAAAUCUAACAUCACUUAAAACUGAAGAUAUAAAAUAUGCUUCUUCAAAUGAGUUAAAAAUUCCACCAAAAAAGAACAGAUUAUCAUCAUCCGAAGGUGAUGUAUCAACUUUUUCAAAUCACGAUGCUAGAAAAAUCAGAUAUGCCACAAGAUUCAAAAUACCAACAAGUAAAUGUACAACUAAAAGUUCAAGUACAGAUAAAGAAAUAAAUUUACUGACUAACAAUAGUGACAGUUCUUCUAAUAACAGCACUUCUCCAUCACCAUCAACAACUGAUCUUCCUUUGAAUUCAGGAGAAAAUGUGCCGGCCAAGACUUUUGAUUUUAUUUUUGGUCAACCAAAAACUAACGAGGGAACUAAAAAAUUUACAUUCGAAUUAAAAACUGAUGAUCAAAAAAAGAAUGCUUUGUCAGAUGAAAAACCACUCGAUGAAGAUGAAUCGUUGAAUUUAAUCUUGAGAUGCAUUGAAAGUUUAAAUGUAAUUAUUUCUAAAGCACAAAAAUCUAAGGUGAUUGGAAUAUUUGAUAACUCAGAUCAGACUGACAAGAAUAUAAUUAAAUCUGCUUUAGUCCAGUUACGUUUGUCUCCUGAAAGAGCCUCAUGGAUUAAUAAAUGUGUGUUUGUCAACAAUCAAAUCCCAACUUCAGAUUUUGUUAUUAGAAAAAAUAUUAUUUGUACCAAUGGAUACGAUGCUCAACGUUAUCACGCAGCAAUUGCAUUAAGUUGUUUAAGGGAAGAUUUAAAAUCAUUUCCAAAUGGUGAUAAAACAGUAGUUGGAAAAACAAGCUUACAAUUGACUGAUGCACAAAAAGAAAAACUUGCUCUUGCAAGAGCGUUUUACGCAAAUAAAGACAUUUAUUUCUUAGACGAUAUAUUGAAUUCAAUCGAUAGCACUACUGGACAAACCAUAUUUGAAACUUCAAUUAAAGGAGCUUUAGAAGAUAAAAUUGUUAUUUUCAUUACACAAAAUCCAAUGUAUCUUAGUCGUUGUGAUGAAAUAUAUGUAAUGAAAAAUGGUCAAAUAAAUGCUCAAGGUAGUCAUGAAUCGUUAUUGCAAUCCAACGCGUUCUAUGCAUCUAAAAUGAACGUUACUGUUGACAAUAACUCUGCUCUAUUGCCGUAUGAUAAAUCUAGUUCUAUUGAAGAAGUUAGUAACCUUUCCUGUAUUUCUUUUUUCAAUACGAAAAUAUUUGGUACUAUUACUUUCUUCAUAAUCGUGAUAAUGAUUUGUUUAAUUCACUAUGAAGAAAUAGAACAACUAAUUCAGUACAUCUUCGAUUUUGAUGACGUUGAAUUAUAGUUUACUCUGGCGCUUAUCUGAAGCGCGCAUGUCUUUGAUAAAAUUCAAAUUUUGCUAUAUUUUUUUUAUCACCUAUCAUAAAAUACUAUCAGUCAUUUAAUUUAACUCAAGUUUUUAUAAUUUUUUUCACCUAUAAGUUUAUUAUUCUUCAUGCAUUAUUUAUAAAAAAUUCAUUUAUUUAUUACUAAUAUUAAUCAGUGCAUAAUAAAUAGAAAGUAUGAUCUGAAAUUAUAAAUAUUUCAGUCACAAGAAACAAAGAUUAUGAUAAAUUAGUAAAUUGACAU